CACUGGCAAUCGUCAAAACCAUUCGAAACCACUAGUACUUAAUAUUGAAAAUCCUCACUCAAAUAACUCUCCCUCCCACCAUGAAACCAUUUUAUGCUCUUCUUACUUUCUUCCUCUUGCUUGUAGUAGCAAGUAAGAAGGUGAACUCAGCAUCCGAAACUGAAACAGUUUCCUUCAACUUCAACUCUUUCGCCCAAGGUAACCCCGCAAUAAAUCUCCAAGGCGACGCCACCGUUCUUUCCGACGGCAAUGUACAACUCACCAACGUCAAAAGUUCCUAUAGCGCCGGGCGUGUCCUGUAUGGCACUCCCGUGCGCCUUUGGGACAAAGCCACCGGCAAUGUUGCCAGCUUCGUCACCUCGUUCUCUUUCCAGCUGACGGAUCUGGAAGGUUAUAAUGCGGCCGACGGUAUUAUUUUCUUCGUUGCACCGGAAGAUACGCAGAUUCCGUCCGGCGGAGUUGGCGGCACCUUAGGGGUUGCAAGCUCUAACGGCGUCGGUCAAUUUGUUGGUGUAGAGUUUGAUUCCUACUCCAACUCUGAGUUCAAGGAUCCACCCUAUCAACACAUUGGAAUCGAUGUGAACACUCUGGUUUCGUCCAAGACUGUGGAAUGGAAAAGAGUGAGUGGGUCAGUGGUGAAAGUGACUGUGAUAUAUGAUUCUCCAUCAAAGACACUGAGUGUUGCUGUGAUCAAUGAGAGUGGCGAUAUUAAUACCAUCGCUACUGAAGGUGUUGAUUUGAAGGCGAAGCUUCCGGAAAAGGUCAAGUUCGGGUUUUCAUCUGCUUCGUCGGUUGGCGGUCGUCAGAUUCAUCUCAUCCGUUCAUGGUCUUUCAUUUCAACCUUGAAGACAACAACAAGCAUCAGCAGCAAUGGAAAAACAAUGGAUAUUGCAACCGCAUGAUUUGGUCUACGCUAACUAGUACUUUUAAAUAAAGAAACAGACCAUAUGUGUGUAUCAGUAUCGACUCUGUCUGUGCGUGACUGCGUGUACGGUUCCAUGUAUACUUUCUCUUUCACUAAUCAACUUGUGGUUGGACAGUUGAUUAUUUCAAUAACAACUUUGUUACAUAA